AUGGCAGAUGCCAUCGCCGACCCUGGCUUCGGGCUGAAGAUCUCGCCCGGCGUUGUGCUUCGGAAUCUCCUGCAGCAGUACCCCUCUGGCGGCCAGUUUUUCCUGGAGGCGCUUCAGAACGCGGACGAUACUGGCAGGGCGGGGAAAUUCUGCGCCCUUCUGGAUCUGCGGAGGCACCCGUCGAAGUCUCUUCGACCUCCGAGCGCUGCGCGCUCUCUGCUGCAGGGCGAGAGCAUCGUCUUUUACGAUGAUGCGGGCUUCAAGCAACGAGAUUGGCGGAGUCUGCAGUUCAUGUGCGACAGCGUCAAGAGGCAGUCUCCUCACGAGGCCGGCGCCUUCGGAAUGGGGUCAAGGUCUUUCUUCCACAUCACAGACGUGCUGCAAGUGCUGUCUGGAAGCCUGCUCGCAUCCCUUGACCCAGACGACAUCCUCGAAAGUGGUCGCUUUGGCGAGCAAGUGAAUUUCGUGAACGAGAAGCUCUUCGAGACGUUUCCGGACGAGGGCGCACCCUUUCACAAGGUUUUCGGUUGCGAUUUGAAGUCCAGUUUCCAUGGUAGCAUCAUCCGGGCGUCCCUGCGGACGGUCGAAAGGGCGAGCAAGUGCACCUUCAUGCCGCAGGCUUUCGAGCUCAGCAGGGCGAUGCGCAUCUUCAAGGAGUUCGAGGAGACCAUGCGGAACGGAGAGGUGCUCCUCUUUCUUACCAGCGUCAAGUGCAUUGAGCUGUGGCGUUGGGACGAUGGCUCGCCCGAGCCCGCGGUGGUCGCACGGACUCGCCUCGGCGUCUCGUCAGGUCACAAGCUCCCGCGGGCAAUCUCUGGGCCUGCGCAGGUGAAGGCGUUCCUGCAGCGAUGCUCAUCCUUCGCGGAGCUGGGUGCCUUGCUGCGCGAGUCGGGCGCGACGCCGCCAGAGAUCCACGACAUCAUCACCAUGGAGACCGAGGUCCUGUCAUCCGGCGGGUCAUCCGGCACGACUGCGACCCUACACUGGCUGCGGUACGGCUCCUUUUCCAAGGACGCUGAGGAGCUCAGCGUGGCGAUGCAGUGCAACUGCGUGCCCAUGGUGGCGCUGGCGCUGCCCCUCGGGCAGGCGGCCGACGGCUGUCUCUUCGCGUCCCUGCCGCUGCCGCUCACCACGAAACUCCCUGUGCAUGUCAACGCCUACUUCCGCCUGCACGACAACCGACGCAACAUUUGGCGUCUGUCGCCGGACCUGGACGGGGAGCACCGCAUGUGGGCCCAGUGGAACGAGAGGCUCCUCACGGGCAUGGUGCCGCUGCUCUACGCGCAGGCUCUGGAGCUCCUCGCCAGCACCGCCGGCGUCGCCGCCGACCACGGCCACUCCCUGUGGCCCCGGGAGCAGGACGUCGAGCGGGAGUUCCGGGCGAUCCUGGACCCGCUGGUGCGCAGCAUCAAGGAGAUGCGCGUGCUGCCGACGCCCACGGGCGAGCUCGUGAGGCCCGUGGACGCGCUCUUCUUCCAGACGCACACGACGGCCCUGCAGGCCUGUCGCCAGCGCCUGCUCCGGGUGUGCGCCGACAGGGGGUGGAAGGUGGUGGACCCCCCGGAGCACGUCACCCAGCUGCUGCACGGGCGGAAUGCCCUGGCCCAGAAGCCCUGCUCCUGGGUGCUCCACGAGGUCAUCAUCCCGUUCGCCGCGGAGGGCCUCGAGAACGACGAGUGCGUGUCGCUGCUGCUCCCGUUCGUGGAGUGGGCGGGAUCCUGGAACGAACCGGAGAUCAAGGAUCUGGGCAGGAGGCUCGCCGACGUGAAGUGGUUGCCGACCGAGUGCGGCGAGGUGCGGACCGUCGCAGGCUCCUUCGACCCAGCGAAGAGCCCAGAGGCGCUGAGGAUCGUGCGCGACAGGCGUGCCAAGAUCGACGGUCUCAUCAAGGACCUGGAGCUCUCCGAGGCGGCCGUCUGGCGGGUGCUGCAGCUCUGCGGCCUCAAGACCGAGAUCACCUGGGAGGACGCCGUGGAGGACGCCGAGGCGGCGGCAGCAGGUCCUGAUGUGGAGCGGGCCCGCAACCUGUUCGUGCACGUGAACAAGCGGCAUUCCUCCUUGAGGGGCUCCCGUGUCGCCUCCCUCAAGAAGCUGCAGGACCUUGCAUGGGUGCCAGCGGUCGAGCCCAGCAAAGACCCUGGGGCCACGGAGGCGGCGAAGCUGAGGACGAUCGCGGAGGUCUUCCCGCCGGGUGCCCGCAAGCUCAUUUGGGCGGUCGCGCCCACGAUGUUCAUGGAUGCCGCGGUUUCGGAGCUGAAGCCUGGCCGCGCCGUGGAGAAGGAGGCUGGGGUGCUGGUGGACCAGGUCCGUGCGCUAGCGGACUCGGCGGACAAGGCCAGCGGCAGGCCGCCCUUUGUGGGCGCGCAGACCCUGGACCACCUCCGCGCCACCUUCGGGGCCAUGCUGCCUCUCCUCGCCAAGCUGCCGGGCUUGGAGAAGGACGCGCGCUUGGCGGGCGUGGCGUUCGUGCCCUGCAUGCCCUCGGAGGGGUCCGAGGGCGCGGACCUCUUCGACCCGCAGCGCGCAGCGUUCAGCGCCAAGCAUAACCAGACGGCGCUGAGCCCCGCGCUGGGGCUCGUGAGGCAGUCGGACCACAGCAUUCGCGUCAUAGCGGAGGCAGUCGGCGUGACGAAGGAGCCGCGUUCCGAGGUGCUGGGCGAGAGCCUAUGCUGCACCGGAGAGAACUCGCCGAAGCCUGCGCUCGCCACGGUCCUUGCGAUCGAGCUGGCGGCGCGGCUCCGUGCGAAGUGUGCCCGGCCAGCCAGGAUAUUGGUGCCCACCGCCAGCGGCGGCAUGCAGGCCGCCGAGGAGGUCUACAUAGACGACAUGCCCUGGCGCGCACAGCGCGACCACGUCACCCUGCAUCCUGAUGUGCCCGCGGACGACGGCGCAGUGUUGGGCUGCACCUCUCUAUGCCAGAGGAUCGCGUCUCAGAGCGAGGCCGACAAGCAGCCAGGCGGCGAUCCGUUCGGAGACCGCGCCGACCUUGUCAGCCACGUGCGUAAGCUGCUCCAGGAGUGCGGCGACGGACACGAGCUUAUACUCGAGUUCGUGAAGCACUACGAUGCGGCUGGCGCCGGCGCUGUGGCAUUUUUCCUCUGGGAGCAGGCCUUUGGGACGGACCGCGUGCUGGACCCCCGCACUGCCGCCCUGCAGGGGCCGGCCCUUUACGUCUGCUGCGACAGGCCGACGUCUCCGGAGGAGGUGCUCGAGAUGCAGGCCGUGGGCAGUGUGAAGAGGCCCGUCGACUUCGGCAUCAACGCCAUGUACCGCUACACUGACUGCCCGCAGCUCGUGGCCGGAGGCGUGGCGCACUUUUUCGACCUGGCCCGCCACUACGUCGUGCGGCCGGGGGCCCGGCGGGGGCGGCCGUUCGUCAUGGAGAAGUUGCGGGGCGACUUCCCAGACAGCCACGCGCCCCUCGACGUGCCCCACGUCGUCCAGAGGUUCCCGACCGUGUUCCGCCUGCCCCUUCGGAAGGAGCGCUCGGAGCUCGGGCUCGGGGUGGAGGUCGCCGCAGUGCGGAGCGCGCUGUCGAGGGCCUCCGCGGCCGCGGAGAAGGCGCUGCUCUUCGCGCGCCACCUGCGCCGCCUGGAGUUCCACGACGGCACCACCCAGCUGGCGGUGCACAGCCUGACCAUCGGCGACCCCGACGGAUUCGAGGCCUUCUUCGCCGGGCUGCCGGCCACUCCCGGCGACCUCAAGGCUGGGGAGCUGAGGAGCCACAUGGCCACGAAGACCAUCGCGCUCCAGAGCCCGCAGGCCGAGGGCUCCGCCGAGUGGGCCGUCUCCCACGCGGCAGGGGUCGCGAGCGAGGACAUGGUCAAGGUUGCCCAGGAGUGGGCGGGCCGAGAGGGGGCCAAGCGGGCUGUUCCCUGCGGAGCCGCCGCUCUGCGGAUCAAGCCGAGCGAGGACGACAAAGAGGCGGCGUGCUUCUGCCGCGACGCGCCGACGCCGUUCCGAACGAACAGCCGGGCCUGGAUCCACGGGAGCUUCUGGCUGCCGCCGGCGUGCCGGGCGCUACAGGUGCCAGAGGAGGGGGACGCCAAGCCGACGCUGGAGAAGCGCUGGAACAGGCUGCUGGUCGAGGGGCCUGUCACGGAGAGCAUGCGCGGCCUGAUCCUCAGGGCUACCGAGCUGGCCAUGAAGAGGGAGCUGGACACCAGGCGCUACUUCGGGCUCUUCCCUUCGAAGGGCGACCGGCUGCAGAGCCUGCUGUCGCAGGCCGUCUUCGACGUGGACUGGAUCCUGUCCAAAGCCAUCCUGCCCACGGCGGCGCGCUCGGGGCGGACAGACGAGCUCGCUGGGACCCUGUUGGCCUUGUUGGAGUGGGCAGGCUCGUGGAAGGAGGCCGAGAUCAGGGACCUCGGGAAAAAGCUCGCCGAUGUGAAGUGGGUCCCCGUGGAGGAGGGCGACGCUCGCACCAUUACCGAGUCGUUCGUGCCGGACGAGAGCCCGAAGGAGUUCUCCGUCGUCGUGGGUGGCAGGGCCAAGAUAGACGAGCUCAUCAGCGCGGCCGGUCUCAAGGCAGAGGUGGUGUGGCGCGUGAUGAAGCUGUGUGGGAUGAAGAGGGACCUCACUUGGGAGGACGCCACCAGGGAGGCCGAGGCCGUCGUUCGCGACGCCGACGUGGACCGCGCGAAGCUGCUCUUCGCCCACAUCGGCAAGCGCCACGCCUCCUUCCAGGGCUCGCGGGCCACGGCCAUGGAGAAGCUCGGCGCUCUGCCGUGGGUGCCUGCCCGGCCGGGGGCCUUUGGCGGGGACGCCGGGACGCCCUCGAAGCUGCUGCCCCUGGCAGAGCUCUUCGCGCCGGCGGCGUGCAAGGUCGUCUGGGCCGUGGCGCCGUCGAUGUUCGCGGAGCCGCCGGUGAAGGAGCUCCAGCCGGGCCGCAGCGUGGAGGCGGAGCCGGAGGUCCUCGUGGAGCAGGUGCGCGCCCUGGCGCAGGCCGCGGCCAGCAGCGCGGGCGCCGGCGCGGCGCCGCGGGCGAGCCCGGCCGCGCUGGAGCACCUGCUCGCCGCCUUCGCGGCGCUGCUGCCGCUUCUGUCGAAGCUGCCCGGCCUCGCCACCCACCCGCGCCUCGAGGGCGUCGCCUUUAUCCCGUGCCUCGCUGGGGGCGAGGCCGAGGAGAAGGGGGCCGACCUGUUCACGCCGGGGCGCGCCGCCUUCAGCGCGCGGCGCGCCCCGUCCGAGCUGCACCCGGCAGUUGGCCUCGUGAAGCGCGGCGACGCCACCGCGCGCCUCAUCGCGGAGGCCGCGGGGGUCGCGAAGGAGCCGCGCGCCGAGGCGCUGGCGGAGGCGGUGCGGCAGGCCCCCGCCGGGGAGGCCGGCAUGCAGCUGGCGGUGGCCUGCGCGUGCGAGCUGGCCGCGCGCCUGCGGGCCAAGGAGGCGCGCCCUCCUGGCAUCGCGGUGCCGACCUCCUGCGGCAGGGUGGAGCGCUUCGAGCAGGUAUUCAUCGACGACGCCCCGUGGCGCAAACAGACGGAGAUCGUCACGCUGCACCCGAAGAUCGGCGCGGAAGACGGCAGGGAGCUCGGGUGCACCUCGCUGCGCGAGGCCAUGGCGCUGCGGAGCCAGGCCGCCGCCGGGGGCGACGCGCCAGACCCCCUCGGCGAGGCGCCGGACCUGGUCGGGCGCGUGCGCCAGCUGCUGCAGGACUACGGCGACGCCGCGGAGGUCAUCCCCGAGUUCAUCCUGCAUGAGGACGCUGCCGGGGCCAGCAGCGUCGCGGUCUUCCUCCGGGAGGAGGCGUUCGGCACCGAGCGGGUGGUGGACUUGCGCACGGCCGCGCUGCAGGGGCCCGCGCUGUAUUUGUGCUCCGACAGGAAGCUGUCCCCCGAGGACGUGCCCAAGCUGAUGCGCCUGGGCGAUACGCCAGGAGAGGGGCAGCACGAGUCCAGGCGGCUCGGGCCUGGUCUGACGGCCAUGUACCGCUACUGCGACUGCCCGCAGCUGCUGGCCUGCGGCGGCCUCACCUUCGCCGACGUCACCGGAAGCUUCGUGGCGAAGCCGGGCGCGAGACGCGGCCUCGAGUUCUCGGCUGAGAAGCUCCGCGAGAGCUUCCCGGACCACCUCGCGCCGUUCGAGGAGGCUGGGCUCCUGGAGCGGUUCCCGCUGGUGCUCCGGCUCGCGCUGCGGGCCGACAAGUCCGAGCUGGGCCUCAAGGUGUCGGCCUCCGCGGUGCGCGCCGAGCUGCAGAGGGCCUCCGCCGCGGCGGACAAGCUCCUGCUCUUCGCCCGCGGGCUCCGCCGCGUGGAGCUGGCCGACGGCGCGGCGCCCGUCGGCACGCACAGCGCCACGCCCGAGGACCCCGAGGGGCACCUGGCCUUCUUCGAGGCCGUGUCGGCCGCCGCCCCGGAGCCGAAGGCGGGGGCCACCGGGGACCACGUCUCCUGCGUGACCGUCGCCUCCGAGUGCGGCGGCAAGCGCAGCGAGGCGCGAUGGCUGCUCGCGUGCGCCGCGGGCGCCCACGGGCCCGCGGGCGCGGCGGCACCAGCGGCUGCCGCCGCCGGCGCUGCCGCGGGGACUCCCUGGGGCGCCGCGGCGGUGCGGCUGGGCCCCUCCGAGAAGGAGCAGGACGUGGGCAAGGUCUGCUGCGGCAUGCCCACCGCGUUCCGCACGAACAGCUCCGCCUGGGUCUCCGCGCCCUUCGCCCUGCCGCCCUCGAGGAAGUCCCUGCCGCUCCCGGACGAGCAGGAGCAGAAGCCUCCCCGGGAGAAGGCGUGGAACCGGCAGCUCCUGGAGGGCCCCGUCGCCGCGAGCCUGCGGAAGAUCCUCGUCCGUUGCACCGACAUGAUGCUGAAGAAGGAGCUGGCGACGAGCAGGUACUUCGCGCUGGUGCCCUCGCGCGGCGAGCGGCUCCAGAACCUGCUGGCCGCCGCGGCGUACAGCCUGGACUGGCUGCUGUUCGAGGUGAUGAUUCCCGCUGCGUCGGGCUUUGGGGAGACCGGACAGGCGUCGCUGCUCCUGACCGUCCUCGAAUGGGCUGGCUCGUGGAAGGAAGCCGACAUACGCGAGCUCGGCAGGAAGCUCGGGAAGACCAAGUGGAUCCCAACCGAGGAGGGCGUGCUGCGCACCAUCGAGGAGUGCUUUGAGCCGCUGAGCAGCCUGGCGGAUUUUCGGGUGUCCAGCUCGCGCAAGGCCGCGAUCGAGCCUCUCGUGGCCGACGCCGGGCUGGAUCGGGAGACGGUGUGGCGCGUGCUGCGGCUCUGUGGGCUGAAGGCGCAGCUGACCUGGGAGGACCUGGUCGAGGAGGCGGAGGCGGUUGCGCGCGAGGGCGACGUGAAAAGGGCGAAGUUGCUGCUGGCGCACCUGAACGGGCACCACUCCGCCCUGGUCGGGUCCCGUGCCGCGGCGCUGGAGAGGCUAAAGGCGCUCGCGUGGCUUCCAGCCAAGCAGACCAGCACAGAGUCGGAGCCGCCCGACGCCACUGCGCUCGUAGUCGCGAAGGACGCGUUCCCCGCCUCUGCCAGCAAGCUGGUGUGGGCCGUCGCGCAGUCCCUGGUCGCGGAAACGGCGGUCGCGGAGCUGCGGCCCGGGCGCUCGAUCGAGAAGGAGCCGGGCGUCCUGAUCGAGCAGCUGAAUGCCCUGGUCGUCUCCAACAUGGCCCCCAGUGGCAGCGGCGGCGGUGGCCCGCCCCGCGUCUCCAACGCCGUCCUGGCGCACAUGCGGGAAGUCUUUGCCGCAAUGCUGCCGCUGCUGUCGAAGCUGCAGGGCCUCGACAAGCACCCGCUGCUGGAGGGCGUGGCCUUUGUGCCCUGCCUCCCGGCGGACGACGCCACCGACGGCGUCGACCUCUACGCGCCCCGGAGCGCUGCGUUCCGGGCGCAGCAGACGCAUCGCGCCCUGAGCCCCGUCAUAGGCCUCGUGAAGCCAGGGGACCAGACCAUCAAGCUCAUCGCGGAGGCGGCGGGCGUGGCCAAGGAGCCCCGCGCGGACGUCCUGGCGGCGGCCCUGGACGCCCCCGAGGGGGAGGAGGGCGAGGAGGCCCCGGUGUCCACCGACCUGGCCGUCGCGCUGGCGAUCGAGCUCGCGGUGCGGCUGCGGGCCAAGGAGCCUCGGCCCGCGAAGGUCGUGGUGCCGACCGUCCUCAACACGGUGCGGGACGUGGGCGCGGUGUUCAUCGACGAUGCCCCGUGGCAGAGCGAGAAGGCGAUGGUCACGCUGCACCCCAGGAUCAGCGCGGAGGACGGCAGGAUGCUCGGCUGCUCCUCGCUGCGCGAGGAGAUGACCCGCCAGUGCGAGGAGGGCGACGCGGCGCAGGACGGCGACGCCUUCGGCCAGGAGGCCGACUUGGUGAGCCAGGUCAAGCAGCUUCUGCAGGAGUACGGUGAGCAGGCUGAUCUUGUAAAGGAGUUCGUGCAGAACUGCGACGAUGCGGGCGCCACCAACGUGGCCUUCUUCAUCCAUGAGCCAGCGUUCGGGUCCGAACGGGUUGUUGACCCUCGCACGGCGUCCUUGCAGGGACCCGCGCUGUACGUGUGCUCAGACAAGGCCUUGAAUGCAAAUGACAUCGCGCGCAUGCAGAACGUCGGCAGCUCGAAGAAGCGCAUGGACUUCAGCUCCAGCGGCCGCUUCGGCGUGGGACUGAACGUGAUGUACCGAUACUGCGACUGCCCGCAACUGCUCGCAAACAAUCGCCUGCACUACUUCGACCUUACGCGCGGCUUCGUAGCGAAGCCAGGUGCCAGGCGCGGGCGCCAAUUCACCAUCGAGAAGCUCAAGGAGAACUUCCCAGACAGCCACACGCCCUUCGAGAUCGAGCGGGCCGCGAGCUAUCCCACCGUGUUUCGCUUGGCCUUGCGCCCAGCGCGCUCGGAACUGGGCAUGAAGAUGGGCCUCACGACCGUCCGGGGGGAGCUGCAGGCCUCCGCAGACAUGGCGGACAAGAUGCUGCUGUUCGCCAGGAACAUGAAGCACGUGGAGUUCUACGACAACGACAAGCUGAUCGCCACCGUCGACGCGGAGGUGAAGGACCCGGAGCAGUACGCCGCCUUCUUCAGGGGCCUGCCGCCUUCCCCCCUGGAGUUGAAGCCGGGGCAGAUCGACGCCUACCUCGCGCAGAAGACCAUCACGAUGGAGCGUACAGUGACCACGGCCGAGGGCGAGGACGAGGAAAAGGCGCCAGAUGGCAAGACCUCCGCCGACUGGGCCAUCGCCCACCGCGUGGGCGUCUCUGACGAGAACAUGCUGAAGGUGCUGAAGGCCCAGUACGACCAGCCCCAUGGCGUCGCCCUCCUGCCCCACGGCGCGGCGGCGGCGCAGAUCCAGGCCUGCCGCGGGGAGCUGCGCGGUGGCAGGAUCUGCGUCGGGCUCCCCACGCCUUUCCAGACCAACAGCGCCGCCUGGGUGCACGGCAACUUUGCCCUCCUGUCGUCGCGGAAGACCUUGCCGCUGCCCGAGGAGAAGGAGCCGAGGCCCAGCCUGGACAAGUCGUGGAACCGGAUGCUGAUACGGGGCCCGGUGGCCAUGAGCAUGAAGGACCUCAUCCUGCACUGCUCGGCCCAGGUGCUGUACCGGGGCAUGGGCAUCGACCGCUACUUCGGCCUCUUCCCCCUGCGCGGCGAUCGGCUCCAGAGCCUCCUCGCCGCCGCCGUCUUCAAGCUGGCGCUCCCCGAGGCCGUCUUCCCCGUGGCGCGGGGCGACAAGCUGACCUGGGUCUCCGGCCCCUCGCCCACCUUUGUGAACGACGAGCUCCCCGAGGCGCUGCAGGACAACCUGGUGGACGACGGCAUGCGGCUCGUGAAGCUCCCCGCGGAGAUCGUGGCCGAGUACGAGGAGGUGCGCGGCAGGCCGCGCGAGCGCCUCGCCGGCCCUGAGCUGUGCAAGUUCCUCGCGGGCGCGUGGGCCCAGCUCCACCCGCCGCCCAAGGCGGAGACAGGGGAGGGGGGCGGCGCGCCGGUGGCGCCCGACGUGAAGCUGGACGCCACGGGCCUGUCGAGCCUGUCCACGAGGAGCAGGGUCGUGGAGCUCUUGGGCUUCGCGGUGAAGAGCCUCUGGGCGGAGUUCUGCAAGAGCCAGCCCGCCAACACCCAGACGUUUGCCCCCGCGGAGCUCGAGGGCGUGCCCCUGCUGCUGACCAACGACGGUGAGGUAACGACGUUCGGCAACGGAGUGAAGUUCUCCACCUGGCGCGACAUCCUGCCCACCAAAGGAAGCCUCUUCAUGGACCGCGACGCCCACGUGGCUGCCACCACCGCCGUCGACAUCAGCAUCCUGGGCACCAAGGGCGCGGUGGACGUCCAGCUGCCCGGCGUCCGGGCCUUCACCCUCGGCGACCUGGUGCCCCACAAGGAGGAGGUGGAGGCGUCCGUGCGGCCCGUGCUCGGGUUCUGCCACCCCGAGAACGAGCCCCUGCGCCUCCUGUGGUCCCUCGUCGCCGACACCUACGCGGAGAAGCUGCAGGGGCCGGGCGAGAACCCUUUCGCGAGCCGGUUUCACGCCAGGAUGGCGGCGGAGGCCGCCAGCACGCAGACGGUCAAGGUGCGCAGGGACACCUCUUGGUGCAAGCUCAUCAACGACUGGCGAGUCCUGCCGAUCUGCUCCUGCGACGGGGGUGGCGAGAACGGGGAGAACUGCAUCCCGCUCAACGUGGCCCACCGCAGCGUUGCAGUCACGCUGGUAAGUUUCGACGACGCGGUCGUGGAGAGUCUCUCGGGAAUCCUCCAGGAGUGCGGCAUCGAGACGGUGCAGCACGACGUGAUGUCUGACGACCGCAUAUCGAGGCUCGUGCGCACCCUGGUGAUCUGCGACAACGACGACAUGCUCAAAGCCUUGGUGGAUCACGGCCGGAUCGACAGCCUGUCCGCGCUGCAGCGCCACGACCUCCUCGCGUACUUCUCCGUCCUCAGCGUCAAGGGCGGGGCCAAGCUGGAGGGAGUGAAGAACCUGGCGCUCUUCAAGACAGCCUCGGUCGAGAAGACGUUCAUCUCCUUGAAGGACCCCAAGACCCAGUACUGCUGCAUCGAUCCGAGCGACCCCCACGCGGCGUCGCUGAGCCAGUUGACGCUGCCAGGCAUGUGCAUGCUCGCGUGGCCCACGCAGCAGGUCAAGCCGAUCUACGAGUACUGCGGGGUGCAGCUCUGCAGCGGCGAGGAGUUCAUGGUGAGCAUGGUCAUCCGGGAGCUGCCGAGCAUAUGCGGCAGCGACAAGGACGGGUCGGCCUCGCUGCCCUUCCUGCAGGAGCUGCACUCCUACGUCUACGUCGACCAGUCGGAGAGCGUCAGGCGGGCUGCGGCCGCGUGCGAGUUCGUCCCGUCCGAGGACUGA